CACUGGAAGACGGUUGCCUGGUAUUAUUAGCAAGCGGGAAGUAUGGCGGUGGCGCGCGUCGAUGUGGCUUUGCCUCCCGGAGAAGGAUCAGUGGUCAAUUGGACAGGACAGGGACUACAGAAAUUAGCUCCAAAUUUACCGUGUGAAGCUAAUAUUCAUACUUUGAUUCUGGAUAAAAAUCAGAUUAUUAAAUUGGAAAAUCUUGAGAAAUGCAGAGGAUUAAUACAGUUGUCAGUGGCUAAUAAUCGACUAGUGCGUAUGAUGGGUGUGGCCAAACUGACCCAACUCCGUGUGUUAAAUUUGCCUCAUAAUAGCAUUGGCUAUGUGGAGGGACUAAAGGAACUAGUACAUUUGGAAUGGCUGAAUUUAGCAGGAAAUAAUCUGAAGGCCAUGGAACAAAUUAAUAGCUGCACAGCUCUACAGCACCUUGAUUUAUCAGACAAUAACAUACCCCAGAUAGGCGAUCUAUCUAAAUUAGUCUCCCUGAAGACCCUGCUUUUACAUGGAAACAUCAUCACCUCUCUUAGAAUGGCACCUGCUUGUCUACCCAGGAGUCUUGCUAUACUUUCCUUGGCAGAAAAUGAAAUCAGAGACUUAAAUGAGAUCUCUUUUUUGGCAUCCUUAACUGAAUUGGAACAGUUGUCGAUCAUGAACAAUCCUUGUGUGAUGGCAACACCUUCCAUUCCAGGGUUCGACUAUCGGCCAUACAUUGUCAGCUGGUGCUUAAACCUCAGAGUCCUAGAUGGAUACAUGAUUUCUCAGAAGGAAAGUUUGAAAGCUGAAUGGCUCUAUAGUCAAGGUAAAGGGAGAGCUUAUCGGCCUGGCCAGCACAUUCAGCUUGUCCAAUAUCUGGCUACAGUCUGUCCUCUCACUUCUACACUGGGUCUUCAAACUGCUGAGGAUGCCAAACUAGAGAAGAUUCUGAGCAAGCAGAGGUUUCACCAGAGGCAGUUGAUGAACCAAAGCCAAAAUGAAGAGUUGUCUCCCCUUGCCACUUUUGAAACAAGGGCACCUCUUGUAUCUGAGCAUUUGGGUCCUCUUCAAGAUUGCCAAAUAGUCCAGGAAAGCGAACCCAUCAUCCAAGUCAAUUCUUGGGUUGGGAUAAGCAGUAAAGAAGAUCAACUAUAUACUGCUAAGAAUAACUUUCUAGCUUCUUUACAUACUACAAGAUAUUCUCGAAAUGACCUGCACCUGGAAGAUAUACAGACAGAUGAGGACAAGUUAAACUGUAGUCUUCUCUCUUCAGAAUCUACUUUUAUGCCAGUUACUUCAGGACUAUCUCCAGUAUCACCUACAGUUGAGCUAAGGCUACAAGGCAUUAAGUUGGGCCUGGAAGAUGAUGGUGUUACAGAUGAAUCUGUGAAAGGGAUGGAAAACCAGGACUUGGAUAAAGAAGAGGAAAAAGCCUUAUGGGCUACAAAUAAGAAUUCUAUUAGAAAAAUGACAAGUGAGAUUAGUACAGAGAUAAAUGAAAAAGCUGGGUUGUUACCUUGUCCUGACCCAACAAUAGCCACAGUUGUCUUAAAGGAUGACAACCCAAGUCUUACAUCUUUUCUUGAAUCAGUUGGACACAUUGUCUUCCAUGCACAGCCAGACAGUGAAGAAACCAUGUCUCAAACAGCUUCAGAAAAACUUCCCUGCAAGGUUUUAAGCCAAAGAUCUGUGUCUUUGGAGCAAGAUAAAGUUGCCCUUCUGAAAUUGAAUGAAGCGGCUACUAAGCUUCAGGCCUGUUGGCGAGGCUUUUAUGCCAGGAACUACAACUCUCAAGCCAAAGAUGUACGUUAUGAAAUUCGGCUGCGCAGAAUGCAGGAGCACAUUGUCUGCUUAACUGAAGAAAUAAAGAGAUUGAGAAACGAAAGAGAUGAAGAACGUAUGAAAACAUUUGUACAAGAAGAGGCUGUCAGAUUCCUUUGGAACCAGGUAAGGUCUUUACAGGCUUGGCAACAGAUGGUGGACCAGCGCCUCAGUUCUUGGCAUACUGAUGUUCCUAUGUCAAGUAGUUUGAUACCAUCUAAGCUUCCAUUAUCCACUGAAAGCCAGGAGCUAUCUUCUGAUCAAAAUUCUGACUGGGUCAUUGCUCCUGAUGAAGCUCCUCAAGAGAAAUCCUUACCAGAAUUUCCAGACUCUGGUUUUCAUUCCUCUCUAACAGAACAAGUUCAUUAUUUGCAGGAUUCUUUGGAUUUUGAAAAAAGUUCCACAGAAGGCAGCGAAAGUUCCAUAAUGGGGAAUUCCAUUGACACAGUCAAAUAUGGCAAAGAGUCAGAUUUAGGGGAUGUUAGUGAAAAACAUGUUGAAUGGAGUAGGGAAAGUGCAGACAAUGAACAGGAUAAUAGUCUGCUUGAACAAUAUUUAACUUCAGUUCAACAGCUAGAAGAUGCUGAGGAGAGGACAACUUUUGAUGAAGGGAUAGGAGAUAGUAAGCUUCACAUAGCACAUUCUCUGGAGAAGUUAGAUGUCUUGACUGACAGUGCUGCUGUAGGUGAGACUCAUGGCAUAUCUGCUACUUUGAAAGAUGAAAUCAGCCAGACACCAGAGAAUUGUAAAUUAAAUAAAGAAGUUCAAGGGCAGCAGUCAGAAUGUGAUUCUGCAUUUCAGGUAUUGCAUGUUGGUAUUAUUGUAUAGCAUUUCUUAGCUUACUUGGGAAGCAGAAGUCCACUUAAACUUUGAUUAAGAAUGUUUUCAGUUGCCUUUUCUUUUUUGGGGGGUGGGGUGGGAAGGGGAGUACUCCCUCAAUUUUGUUACUAUUUAUAUAGAAUUUGUAUUUUUGUCUCAUAUUUUCUAGAUUCUAGAUACUGUGCUGUGUCUUCAUUUUAAUUUUGCUAAUAAACUUUUACUUAGCUGUAAUGUACAAAACAAUAUUUAUAUUGAAAGCUCUAUGCACUUUAUUUCUUAAAUGAAUUGUAUCAACAAUGUUCCUGUUUCUUUUAUGUACUCAGAUUAUUUCCUUUCAAAAAUAAUUAAAUUAGAAAAUAUCUUACAAAUAGGAAAUUUUAUCUUGAUAUAAAGAACAGAAUUUUGAUUCUUCUUCAUAUGAGGAAAUUAAUUAUGUAGUGAAGAAUGCAAUUUGUUUAAAUGAAUAUAAAUGACAAAUAUGAGGAUGAUGAACUAUUUAAAGUUGCCAGACAGUCUUCAUGGAAUAAAAACAUUUUUUUAAAAGUCUUUCUUUCCUCCCUUAUGAGACAAAGAAAGCCUUCUUAUAGGUAAAUUUAGGAAGUAAAGGUAAUAUUAUAGGAUUUCACAGUGGGCAUGAUUAAAUUGUCUCAUGGAAAACUUUAAUGUCAUGCAUCAUAUGAAGUACAAUGUUUCAUACAGUUAUUAAAAUCAGGCUUACUUAGAACAACACAAGAUUAUUUAUCUUAGAUAUGAAGAAAGCAGAUGGUAAGCUCCAUUCACUUGGAAUAAUGUCAAGGCACACAUCUUUUCAUUUACUGCUUUUUACCCUACAGAUAAGUAUUUAUGUGCCAAUAUAUUGUCAGAAGUUAAUGUAUGUUUAUCUUCUCUGUUUCUGCUUGUAUUUGUUUAUGUAUUUCAGCAGAAGAUCCAUGGCCAUUCACUUCAUUUUUGACCUCUACCCCAUAGUGAAGAACAUUUAAAGUAAUACUAGUGGUAGAAUAUGAAUGACUUUUUUUUUUUUUAAAGGACUAUUUUCUAUCUAAAUCUCUGAAACAGUUUCACAUUUGGAAGACAAUUUAAUGAUAGUUAAGAAAAACAAAACCUCAACUGUUUCUUUACUUGUUAAAAAAAGAAUAUAUAUCCAUAACUUUGAGAAGAAAUGAUAAGAUUGUGUUUGAAUAUUAUAGAAGAGAUGCAUUUGCAAAUCAAGGAGAAUUUUUGGAAGCUGGAUAUUUUAAUCUUUGAGAAUCUUCUAAGAUAAUUAAACAACAUAUAUCUUCUUUCCCCUAUCCAUGGAUAUACAACUGUUUAAAACUAUGGCAAUACUUAUGUGUUCUUUAAAUUUAGGUGCUAAAUAUCUAUUCAUUAUUCUGUUACUGUCACUAGGUCCCCUUCUUUGAAGUUAUAUAAAGUAAAAACUUCUUCCCCUUCAAGAAAAAAGUCAGGGAUUGCAUGCUAUACUUAGUUGGUAGUUAGAAAUAUUUCUCCAGUAUAGUAAGAUGUAUUGUUCUGGGUUUAUAAAUAUGUAGCACUCAGGUUGAGAAGACUUGGAUUUCAUUCUCAGAAAUCCAGAAUCUCUUGCAGAGGAAAUGUUUUCUUGUUUCUUAUCACCAGAACAGCAGUUUUAUCUUCAAUAUGACUUUCCCUAGUGAAGCACGUGUAACGUUGGGUGCAUGUUAAAUAAAAAUUGAAUUUUUAACUUUUUGAAUAAUGCUAAUUAUCUUUUAUGAAUAAUCUUGAAUUUCUUCUUAAAUAUACCCUAUUUUUCUACUUUACAGUUAAGUGCCUCAUUUGCUGCCCAUGAUUAGAAAAAAAAAAAAACCACCACCACCCAACUUGCACUGCAAUAGUACCAAAGUGCUACUUCAUGGUACAUCAUUUUUCAUAAAAGCUGCUGAAAUGUCAUGGUUCAGUAUUACUUAAGUAGGUUUCUGCUAACAUCUUCUCCUUCCUUUUUUUUUCUUUUAAGAAAUGGCGAAACACAACUAAAUUCAUUUGAACAUCAGCAUUUAUCAUGAGGAUUUGCCUUUGCCUUGUUUUUCUAGUCCAUAAAUAGUAUUCAGAAUACUUUUAUAAAAAUUAACAGAAUAUGGUAAUUAAUAGUCUCCUUUUCCAUCUGUAUUUUAUUUAACUGUUACUACAGUUUGAAGUACAAGAAUAUUUAGUCCCCCCCCACCCGAAUUGUACAGAUUAUCUUGAAUGUAGGUGAAUGAAAAUAAUAUAUAUUAGAAUGUAGGAAAUCUGUGGCAUAGACUUAAUGUAUUUUGAUAGGUUUACAAUGUUAUUUAAAAGUAAUUUAUGUAAGUAAGAUAUUUGGUUUUAACUCUAGGGGCUAUUCAUUGGUCUGUUCAGGAGGGAAUAGAUCCAAUAAGAUUUGGGAAGUUGAGCUUUUAAUAUGGUCUUUGUGAUAUUUCUAACGGGAGAUUUAUGUCAGCUUUGCUAUUUUAGGUCAUAUCAGUUCUCUUGAUUUAUGAAAAAUUCAGUGUAUCAAUUAGAAAUUCUUACAGAAGAACAGAAUCAUACCAUGUGAGAGUUGGAAAGAACUUCAGAGAUUAUUCAAAUCUCUUUGUUUUAAAGAUGAAACUAAGUAGCAGAGAAGUUAAAGGACUUGUUUAAGAUUACUGUUAGUAGUAGUAAGUAAACCAUGAACACUUAAAUAUUAUUGUAUCCCAAAAUUUUAUUAUACCCUCUUUAUUAAUCUCUACAUUUAGUGAGUAAGUAGGGAAGUCUUUGCAUGUUUUUCAUUCUCUUUGAAAGAAAAAAAAGUUCUAAGAGAGCUUUAACUCUGUCAUUCAAGAUAAUGUUGCUCUCAGAACCUUGAGUGAAUUUUCUCCAAGAAAUGUUAUUUCAUUAAAAUGUUUUUUUGAAGAGAAAUAGUAGAUCAUAGUAGAAAAGCAUACUGCAUCUUAGAGUCCAUCUGUCUGAUGACAAGGAAGUAUUACUGCUUGCUGAUAUAUAUAAAAUUUUAUGGUGAAAUGCUGAGUUUGAUUAUAUGUUAAAGUUUUAACUCUUCUGGUGUGCAGAAAACUAUGAUCAUGACAGUUGAUACAUAUACAAUUUAGUUUGAUUUUAUGAAUUUAAUUAGAACAGGCCUCAUAAUGUGCAUGUUUUAGGAAAAGGUUUAUUAACCACACAAUUGUUUAUAUAUUUAUAUAUAUGUUCAUAACUUUAUUCUUGAAUAAUGUGAGUGCCAUUCUUGAGUAUGCGUUUAUCUUUUAUUUGUUGUGGAUUAUUUAAAAUAUAUAAACACUAUAAUAGUGUAUUUUCCUAUUAUCUUUUCAAGGCAAGUGUACUUCUUUUUAUAAAUAUUUUCAGGAAAAUACAGGCUCAAGAUAUUAUACUAUCUCCCUUGGCAUUUUUUUUUUUUUUUUUUUUGGUGUGAAUUCUUAGAAUUGGACUUAUAACAUUAAAAUAUAAAAUAUAAAACCUUUUUUUAAAGGAGAAUUAAGACACAAUAAAAAGGGGAAUGAAUCUGUCAAUUUCCCAUUCAUAAAUGAAAAGGAAAAAGGACUUCAUUGUUUAACGUAUAUUUUCAUUUUGCCACUUACCUUAUUAAAGGAUAUUAUAUUGUAAUGUUUUAACUUCUAGAUAUAUGACUUCCUUAUUCAAGAAGUGAAGCAGAAAGGGUCUGUAAAAAUUCUAAACAUUUUUAAUGAGAUUGCUUUCACUGAACAACCCUGUUGUGCCAUACUAAAAUUAAAAAUCAAGUAAACAAAGCAGUCCUUACAGCCUUGGAGAGGAAAUAAAUAAUAAUUGUCUUUUAGAAAUGAGGUGCUUUUUAUCUGUCAAUGAAUAAAAAUCAUACUACUUUUUAAUUCCUUUAGUGGAUAGCAGGAAUCACUCUGUAGUGGCUUUGUUCAAUUUAUAAUUAAAUCUGACUGUUUUAUUUUAUUUUUUUUUUAAUCUUCAUUUUAUUGAGAUAUAUUCACAUACCACGCAGUCAUACAAAACAAAUCGUACUUUCGAUUGUUUACAGUACCAUUACAUAGUGGUACAU